AACCGACUCAGAUAUACCGAUUCCUUCGAACGAGGAACCUCAUGGCUCCCAUUUUUCUGCACAGGACCCUCACGUACAUGUCCCACCGCAACUCACGAGCCAACGGCAAAAGGAAUUGCACAGUGGACUUUUGUGGUUGACGGCCAAACAGUUUUAAUAGUCGGAUUAGUCAGCGUGCAACGAUGACAGCCAGUUGUGGAAAUACUGACGAAACCGUGCAGCGUAAAGCCGUAGUAUAACUCAUGCAGUCCUGUCACGGUUAAACAAGAGAGGAAAUAAUGAGUCUGAUCACACCCCAGUAAUAUCUUUUAUGUGCGGUGUGUGGACUGAACAGCUGAAACAUUUGGGCCAAGCAGCGUCAUGUGACAUCAUCACAGCAUGAGUUCAGCCAAAGCCCUCUUCGAUUCACGUGCGUCGAACAGGACUACAGCUAAAAGGUCGUGUUUACAAACAAUCUUCAUUGCCAAAGAGCGUGCGAAACAAUUCUCGUGCAACUGCAGUUUCGACAAUUCAAUACGAUUAGUUUUCUGAAACAAAAAAAAAGCAAACAAAAACUCUGCAAGUUGCCUCACAUAUUUUGAAAAAGGCUGCAGCAAAAUUUAACAUUUUUACUGGAACAGUCAUAAAAACUCAGCGAAAUCCUACACAGACUGAGAAGUACACUGGAUCUUCGACUUGCUCGUGGAUCGCUAGCUAAUGAAAAUCCUUCAUCUUUUUUCCCCUUUUCAUUCUUUCAGCUUGAAAGUGUGGGAUUUCAUUGCAGCUGGAAUGUGUUAUGAGUCUGAUCUUUUGUUCUAGUCUACCUAAUUACAAAUAAUGGAAGCGUGAUGGAUUUCUGUCAGAAAUAUUCACCGUUUUUACUCUUUCGGGGGAGUUCUCAUGGCUAAAAAUUGCGGUUGCCAUUUCUAAUGUAUAAAUUAUGUAAUGGGACAUGAAUUUGAGUAACACGGUAUGCAACAAAGCCCUAUGCUCCUCGCCACCUGCAGCGUCAGCAGUUUUAUUGCCGCAUUGAGGCAAAACCACUAACUGCCAAAACCCUCCAUAGUAGCACAUGAGAGUUAUGGGGUUCCUCAUAAUUCAAAACUGUCUGAUUGCAGACGCGUGCGUGAGAUCAAUUUAUGGCCUGAGUGCGAUGACGAGUCAGUUCUGACCGACGGGUCAUUGAGAAAACGCCGCCUGUCACCUUUUUAGAACAGCAGGACAGCACUGAUUACUAUAAACUAUGAACUACAUAAACAUGCAGUUUGGAGUUUUAAAAUAAUUUUGGUGUACGUUUUUCAAAGUCAUUGUAUAUUAGAACUUGUACGUUUAAGAUAAUGAAGAUGUGCUGAUAUUUAAAGCGAACUGGCUAUAUGCUAAAUAAGCAAAUGAGCACUUGGGGACAUGCAGUUACGGGAAAAAUAAUCAAUGCCCGGGUGGUUCGGUACUUCCACCUACCCCAAAGUUGAAUAUUUUCCUCUAACAGCAUGUUUUAUUUCUCUUACACCACAGCAGUUUUCCAACAAUUACAGCUGUUCAGUUUAUUAAUGAACGGCAUGUUUUUGCUUUUAACCAUUUAUAGUUACGUUUAACGUCGUGGAACAUCUGCGUGACGAGUUAGUUCCUGUUCUUGUUAUGGCACCGUAAUAACGGUUAUAACCCUGAGUCCUCGGGCAUGAACACUCUGCCAUGGCGGAAAACUACUGUUAUAAAGGGUUAACUGACGCUGGAGGCUCCUUCCAUAAAUGUUAAAUAUACCUUACUUAUAGAAAAGUUCAGCAUAUCAACAAUUAUAGUCUUUAUUUUUCCCUUGUUGCGUAACAGCACACUGUUUUAUUUUUUUUUUAAUUGGUUUAUUAUUAGUCGUGGAUCAGGGCUCUACAGCGCGACCAUUUCACUCGCGUUUGCGACCGAAAAGUUCUUUGUGUAAAAAAAAAAAUAUUUAUUCGCACCGGUGCGAGUGACCUGUUCGGAGUUGUAUAAUACAAUCGGAAUAAGAACUAAAACUCUAAAAUGCAUCGACACCGCAAAACAGUUACUUUCACACUGCUCUUCAUCUCCUCAGUCAACCGAACAAGUGUGGAAAUACUGCAGAGAAGCCAUUAUGAUAAGAGUAACACAGUACAUCAUCUGCUUCUCUCAACUUCCUCAUCUCACAACCGCCAUGUUUUACUGAUCUUCAAAAUGACCUGAACCUGCACCUGCUCGUGUAGACACCGCAGUAAAUUAAUAAUAAAGAUAAAGCAACAAGGUGGGUUUUAAUUCAAACUUCUUUAUUAAAUAAUUCCUCACCAGUCAUAAUCAAGAGUAGCAACUGUUCAGUCUGUACACAUACAGUACGCUACUACUCUCUUCACCAACUCGUUCCAGCUCACACGCACAGUGCGUUCACUAAUUUAAACUCACAGUUGCCAGAUAUCACUAGAAAAGUCAACUUCAGUGUCCAUGUUUUGAUUUAAUCCCCCAAAAUAACACAAUAUUAUCAGCAGACAUGGCAACACUGUACUGGGGUUACCUGUCUAAAACUAAUAAGAUGUAAAGACAGAAAAUGUGCUUAGUUAUAAAUAAAUCAUUUAAUAUAAAAAUAGAUAUUAUAAUAACCUCAUAAAAUAUAAAUUAAAUGAGAAAUGAAAUGAUGUUUAAUUACAAUGGGUUGCACUUAAUAUCAGUUUGACAUUAAGCUUAGUUCACUAUCUCCUUAGAAAGCUAUUAGCCUUUUUCCUAAUAUGGAUCAUGCUUGUGUUAGUCUACUUUUAAUUAAGACUUUCUAUUGCUUUUAAGAUAUUUAAAAAUAAAUAUUUUAUGCUUGUUUAUUUAUCAAUUAACCAACAGUAUCUCAUUGCUAUUAUUUUAAUUCAGUUAACAGUGUCCAUGAGCAGAGAGCUUAUAUUUAACCCUCUUACCCCGUAUGGCCGAAAAACCGGCUUGCCCGUCUUUGAUCUAUUCCCGUAAGGACGAUAUACCGGCUUGGUCGUCUAUGCCAAAUACCCGUAAGGCCGAUAUAGCGGCUUUACAGUGUAAAUGUCAUCCCCGUAAGGCCGGUGUACCGGCAUUACUCUGCUAUGAUUCCUUACUUAUUUAAUUAUAAUUUUUUAACCCAGAAGGUUGAUGACGUCACGACGUGAUUACGUUAUUACGCCGGCAUUACGAUGAAGAUCCAAGCGUGAAUAUUGGUGUAAUUGUAGAAGUGAACUAAAAAUGCCAAAGCGAAAAGCUAAUCGUGUUCCAGCUAAAGUUACACCUACAGUGAACACGGGUACAUCUAAAACAGUGAAAAAAAGAGAAAACAUACACAGUCACACAGGCGAGAGCGAGGAUUCUAGAUAGUGACAGCAGAGAAAGUUCAGGCAAUGUUGAAACUGAACUGAUAGAGACGCAAACUCUCCUGAUUCAGACCCUGAUCCGUCUUCAUCUUCAGCAUCAACCAGUGCGACUGACACUGCAGGGGUCUGGAGUCAUAAUGGGACCAUUUCUGUGCAUUCGUGAAAACACUACCUGCUGGUCUGAUUAUCACCAGAAACUUGACUUUUGGUGCUAAAAUGCAUUUAUUUAUUUAUUUAUUUAUUUACUUGAAUUUAUUCAAAGGCAUUGACCACGCUCAUGCUCGUAUGGUACUUCUAAAUGAGUAGAAGGAUUUUAGCGAGCAUUUUUCGUCAUUUUUCUAGUUAAGAAUUGUGCUCUAAGUGGAGUAAAAACACUGAACUGCUUCAUUUUCAAAGUAAUAUUACACAAAUACAUUAUUAUAAGUUGUUUCAAUGCCUGAAAAUGUUAAAAUUAAAAUGUUGAUUUUGGGGCCAAUUUUGGCCUGGGAACUCAGGGUUGGCGUGCUGUUUCUAUGGGGAAUAUAGGGUUGUGGGACAUAAUACAGUGGGAACUAAGGGGUAAGAGGGUUAACUGUUUAUGAUAGACCUCCUGAUUAAAGCUUAAACAAAAAAAAAAUUCGUAUCUGGAUCGGUUUCAGUCGUAAAAAUCCUGAUCGGUGCAUCCCUAAUGAACACCAUUAAACUAAAGCGCUUUGCAUCUGACGGGUAAAUGAACUCACCCAAUCACAUCCUAUAUGAGAUUAUAAACCUAAACUUCAACUGUGCUCCAAAAUUUUUGAAAUUGUUACCGUAAAGCCCUGUGGAUUCUCGUGCUCAAAAAGUCCCUGUGAUUAAUUUGUUCCUACAGAAAGGAUAACGGAUUAGAUCAAGCACUUUAGCUCAACCCCUCAUGCAUUAGUAGAGCAUACGACCUCUUGCUGUGUUAGAAAAGAAAGCCGUUUCUAUAUUCCACAUGCACUCUUGGGUGACCAAAACCUCAAACAAGCGCCAUCACGUAGUCUCACUUAGUGUUCGUUUCGUUCGUUCAACGCCGAGCAUCGCAUCGGGCGAUGGUCUGUAACGAACUAACCAGCUGUGAAGCGUCAUGGUUGGGACGGAGCCUCAUUGUCUCUUGCGUCUUCCUCUCUGCCUGCCAGGAAACAUUUCAGCAUGGACGAUCUGCUCUUCAAAGUGGAGAGGACGAAAACCGAGCAGGAGGCGCUCAAGUAAGCUGAUCUCGGCUUAUCCGCAGUUGAUUCAAAAUUUGGCGUCACACCUGCAGCUUACCUUCACUGGCUUCUUCCAUAAAGUCGAUAAGACGCAGAACAGCGAGAACGAGGAGAGCUCCGUGUCUCUGGAGGUGUUGCUCAUCAAAGUGUGUCAUAAGAAGAGGAAGGACGUGAGUUGCCCCAUAAAACAGGUGCCUACUGGGAAGAAGCAGGUGCCGCUGAACCCUCGGGUGAAGACAGGGACGUGGCCGACCAUCACGGUGCCCAGUCAGGAGUUUGAGCCCAGUAACAGCCACAUGGUGAAGUCUUACUCGCUGCUCUUCAGGGUCACGUGUCCUGCUGGAAGGGAGAUCAGCACCCGAGACAACAGUAUUGCUGACGAGAUCCCCAGCAGGAAGAAGCGUUACUCCUCCCACCGAGAUGACGGAGAGACAACGUUUGUAGCACAGAUGACAGUGUUCGAUAAGAACAGGCGUCUGCAGCUGCUGGACGGCGAAUAUGAAGUGUCGAUGCAGGAGAUGGAGGAGUGUCCCGUCGGCAAGAAACGAGCCACCUGGGAAACCAUUGUGGACGGAAAGUGGGUUCCUCCGUUCGACACGUUCUCUCAUGGCCCAACUCUGCAGUUCACGCUCCGCUGGACAGGCGAGGAAAGUGAUAUCGCUGCGCCACCAAUGACCCGACCCCUCGCCACACGCAACACCCACACGAGCUGCAGCGAGAACCAGAGGACUAACACACCUAAACCGUCACAAACAGUAGCUGUGAAAGAUCCUGUAAGCUCAGACGCACUCUUGCGAAAAGAGCAACUUCACGUUGAGCCUCGUCAGAAACUCCGUGUUUAUUAUCAGUUUUUGUAUAACAAUAACACGCGGCAGCAGACGGAGGCUCGAGACGACCUGCACUGUCCCUGGUGUACGCUUAACUGCCGUAAACUUUACAGCCUCCUCAAACACCUCAAACUGUCUCACAGCCGCUUCAUCUUCAACUAUGUGCCUCACCCUAAAGGAGCGCGGAUAGACGUUUCGGUGAACGAGUGUUACGAUGGAUCCUACGUGGGAAAUCCUCAUGACCUGCACUGCCAGCCCGGCUUCGCCUUCAGCCGCAACGGCCCUGUUAAGCGCACCUGCGUCACACACAUCCUUGUCUGCAGGCCGAGGCGCACCAAGCCGAGUCUCUCCGAGUUCCUGGAGUGUGACGAGGUACCGCUGGAGCAGAGGCGGCCGUUAGUGAGCGGCCACAACCGCCUGUACUUCCACAGCGACAGCUGCGUGCCGCUGCGUCCUCACGAGAUGGACGAGGACAGCGAGGACGAGAAAGACCCCGAGUGGCUGAGGGAGAAAACGGUCAUGCAAAUUGACGAGUUCACUGACGUCAACGAAGGAGAGAAGGAGGUGAUGAAAUUGUGGAACCUUCACGUAAUGGAACACGGAUUUAUAGCUGAUAAUCAGAUGACUCAGGCCUGCAUGCUGUUUGUGGAGAACUUCGGCUCUAUCGUCAUGGAGAAGAAGCUGUGUCGGAACUUCCUGCUGCAUUUGGUCAGCAUGCACGAUUUUGGGCUGUUGAGCACGCUGACCAUCGACAAGGCCAUGGCUCGCCUGCACCAGUUUAAACCGGCCCGGAAUACCGGCAACGCAGAACCUGCGAAGGAACGCGCCUGAAGCUCAGCAGUACAAAAACUUUAGAACCUUCCCCAGAUGACAGGAGCUGCCAGACCUCUGGAUGCCAGAUCAUUCAUUUUAACCACCGAUUCAUUGGAGCUAAUGAACUACGUCGUGCUUUGAAAUAAACGUGGGUGCUAUUUUUGUACCUUUUUUUUCUUUUUGGCGCCAAUUUUCGAUUGAAAAUAUUUUUAAUAUAUUUUAAACAGUGUGACAAAUGGGGGUAAAGACUUUAGCCUUGGUGAAUUUUAUUAUUAUUUUUUGUUUUUGUUUUUUGGUAGUAUAAUUAUUUUGUCUGCUGUUUUUGAAACCGUGUGUACAUUUAGGCAGCAGCGGGCGAUAUGACGACAGUUGUCCCAAUAGCACAUCCGGGGUUCAACAAGGGAUGGGCGUGGGUUAAAUUCAAUCGCCUGUCAUCACGUUGCCACUUUUUUGGCUCAACGUUCCGAUGAGCAUAAAAUCCCGAGGUGUAGUAAACGAUGUUACAAGAACGGUUUGCUAAGCAAGCCGGCUACCUAAACGCACAACAUUAGCAGCAUGCUGAGUACCUAGCUAGCGAGUUUGCAUUAGACAAAAUCACUAGCAUGCUUGCCUAGCAGGAGGUCGAGCCAAAGAUGUAAACAGAAAGGUAGUGAUGUCAUUAUAUUUCCAAAGCUUUGUGAUCUACAAGUUUAAUUCAAGCUCUAUCCGGUCAAUACACGAUGCAUAAUACAGAAUUUCACAUUUUUUGGAAAAUUGGAGGACUGUUUAACUGGUUAAUAAAUGAAUAAAUACAAUUUGAAUGGGCACACCAUUUCCUCAAAGUCCAAUUAGCCACUUGUUUGCCAAGCAUUCUGGCUUUUUUUUUUUUUCUUUCAUUUUUUCAUUUUGUCAUAAAAUGAGAUUUAGACCAAGUGGUGUGAGAGAAGCUCAUUCUGAUUCAGCCUAGCGCAAAAACAUAAGGUCUUUUUAUUUCCCACCCCCUGAUGUCCAUUGAUGCACGUUAUCUUGAUUCUGCUGAGUGACGGCUCUUAUAACGAAGGCGAAGCUCAAGCUAAAACCGAUCAUCCAGCCCGCAGCUUUGACCGUCUUCGGCUCAACGUCGCGAUUUCAAAUAUUUUUUAAAAUACCAUACGCAGUAUAAUUAGAUAGGUAACAUUUUAAAUAGAUAGCGACUUAACAUCAAACAACAAAACUGCUUAGCUAGCUAAAGUUAGUGUUGUCUUUAGCUAGUCGAACGUUUAUAAAGCCAUUAAAAAUCGGUCAUUUAAUGUAAUUCAGGGAUGCGUAAAGGUAUCGGAACAAUCUGUUAGCGGUUUAUUUAAAGAAUUUGCGUACACAUCAGAGUAGGGCUGGGCGAUAUGACUAUCAUCUCACGAUAUUCUGACAUUUCUACGAUACAUGGUGCCUAGCGUGAUGUAUAUUAUAGCUAACAAACUGUCUGCAAAACAAGUAAAACGAACACAAAACUGUUCAACUGAGCUUGACGAUACGUUUCUUUAAUUCCGGCAAAGACAAAAAUAAACUUAUUUUUUAAUUUUUUUUUUACUUCAAAUCAACGGUGUCUGUUCAGUACCAUUUAAUGUGUAAUAAUUAAAAAUGUCAAAUAAUAAUACAUCACCAUACCGACUAUAUCUCGGAAAAGUGUAAUCAUUUAUCACAGUACCAAUAUGAUAUAUCAUCGAUAAAUAUUGCCCAGCCCUACAUCAAAGAAGUGAGAAACGAAGCAGGAAAGCUAUGUUUAGAUGCACUGUGGUGCUGUGCAGGUUAGAGACUGAAAGUCAAGACCUCAGGAAAGUUCAGCAGUAAACAAUCAGGGUUUCGUUAUAACACCAUGAUGGAUGGAAUUUUCUUGACGUCUUGUUUCAGACUUUUAACCAGCACCUGAGCUGCAGCAAUGCUAUAGGCUGAAAUGUCGAGCUGUUCAAUACGCCAGGUCACGCACACGUUUUCCUGUGACUGUUCUUCUGCCCAUCCGUAGGUCGAGUCAAAGAAGUGGCAUCGAAGGCUAGCAUUUCAAUCAUGUACAAGAAUAACUUGCCCUUGUUGACCUCGACACGUCUGUUACUCUGCAAAAUCAGUCUGUGCUGUUGCUAGAGGACACACACACACACACACACACACACACACACAAGAGACGGAGCGCUGUGGUUAAAGGUGCUGAAACUUAAGUGUGAAUGUCUGUAGCUGUUGCACUGAAACUGGGAGGUACACACUAGGCAUGUGCCGGUAAUCAAACACUCGAUAUAAUCAGGAUGCUGUGAAAUAUCUGCAUUAUUUCUUUCUCGUGUUUUCCAUUUUGGAGCAGAUGUUUGUUGUGAUAUUAAGUAGCUAGCAAUGUUCUUCCCGAUAUUCCGCUUACUUGUACCCACCGUCAUUGGCCAGCUUUUCCUCAACCGACUAACUAACUUGGACGUACGCUAGCUAGGAAGUCGCAUUUUGAGUUGGUCAUCACUUGGACGUACGCUAGCUAGGAAGUCGCGUUUUGAGUUGGUCAUCAGUCAGGCUUUCGUUACAGCAGUUAGUCCUCAGCUUAAAAUACAAAACAAGAGUUCACGCUAGCGAUCUACCGAACACAGGCGGGAGGGAGCAUGUCCAUGUUAACCAGGGUCCUAUGUUCCGCAGGUUUACACGGCACAUAAUGAACACGUGGGAAAAGGGGUCCCGGGCUCCCCAGUUCGCAGGGUGCUAUGUUCCUCAACUCUAUGUAGCACAUAAUGGGAACCUUAAAGACGCGUUCCUAGCUGUGUAUUCGAUUAACAUGACACGGGUUAUAGUGGGAACACGUCAAAGGGGUUUCCCUAUACAAUAGGUCUAGACUUGAGGGAACUAAACAAAUGCUUGGAGUCAUGGAAUCACAAAAGGUCCUAGCUUCCUUAGGUGAAAAUUAGCAUACUGUGUUUUUGAAUCGAACUCUCAUGAUGACUCGUAUCUAUUUUAAUUCAGUUUGGUUUCACCUGCAAAUGCUAGUGUAUUUUUCUUUUUUUUUUUUUCUUUUAUGCAUUUAGUUUAAUCAAGUUAAUUUCUAACACCUUUGUUUCUUUGAGCUGUGAUUGACAUGAUCUCACUGCUGAAAUGUCCAAAUACCCAUGCAGUGAUCUCGUUAUAUUACGUGCCAUAGAAAUCUGGGGAACAUGGGAAUGACCCACAUUGCUCCAAUGUGGACUCGACCGCUUUGCCUUUUAAACAGUUAGCGAUCCUAGUGAAGAGUAUCUAGUUAAUAAAUGCUAGUUACUCGGCUACACUUCCUGUUAGCUAAGUUUAAAGAUAUUUGGCAGUUGAGAAACAUACCUAGUGAGUAACACCAUCCAGAAUUGUUCAGUGUAUGUGUGUAGAUUAUCAGCAAAUGCUGUCCAAUUAGCACAAUGACAACUUUCUUUUUAGAUUUUAAGCACAUAUGAAGGCAGUGUUUUAUGUCACCUGUGCUUGAAGUCAGAUAAAAAGAAUAAUUUUAAUAAAAAGGCUGGCCAGUGAGGACGGCUACAGCGAAACAUUGUGACACGCCCAUUCAAUAUCGGCACAUGCCUAAAGCGCACACACACACACUCUCGUGUAUACAGGGUAACACACACUCUCAGCCUUGUGAGCAGGGAGAGACCUUGCAGAAAUGUUUACACUUCAUUUAUAUGUACUUCAUGCAGGAUGCAGACGUUUUGUGUGGAUAUUUUAGUCAAUUAGGUUUUGUUUUUGUUUGUUUUGUAGGGGGGAAACAUUAGGAAUGCACUGAUCCAUAUUUUUCUUUUCUUUUGUGUUUUGUUUUUCUUUUUUUUCCUAAAGUUUGCUGUUUAUUUCUGCACAGUUCAAAUCGAGUUGCAAUAGUGAAGCAUAAAUACAGGACUAGCUUAAAGUUAUUUAUGCUCUCACAUAAUGACAUCCCAACAUGCUCCUGUGCAGUAUGAGGAGCACUGAUUUUUUAUUUUAAACUAGGUUUGGAUUUUUAGAACAGUCCCAGUCAAAAUUCUAUAGGACGAUAACCUUCACAGCGAGAAAAUGAACAGUGGAUCAGACAGGAUCAUAUCGAAUACUGUCUGAUAGUCCGGAUCAGAUCGGUGCAGCAUCCCUAGUGAGAAGUGCAGGUUCGACACCCCCCCACCCCCCAAUUUAUAUUUUUAAUAGCAACAUAUGUUUUCCUUCCUGCUGAUAAUGUUUCGAAUAAUUUCCUGUGUCUUUUUGCUGUUUUACUUUGCUUUAACCAAAAUGCAGUGACGCGCACGUGCCGCUAAUCAGGUAUACAAUACAUAACGAUAUUCUGGACGUGAGCCAUCAAAACACACUCUCUGUCUCAUAAGAAUCCUUAUUUUGGAUACAAGAUGGCGUCUUGUCUUCGGCAGAGAAGGCAGUACCGUAAAUUUAGUUUAGUUUGAAAAACACAAUAAAUAGAGCUCAUGCUUCCGGCACAGUUUAUAUAUAUAAACCCGAUGCAUUUUCAGGAAACGUAUACAAAACACAACUACGCUUGUCUUGUUUCUUAUCGUUAUCUCGGCCCGUCUUUUUAAUUACGGUUUUGAAACUCGUCAUGCUGUGGUAAAAAAAAUUCUUGCUACUCUACCUACUACACCUAAUGGAGAAACAGAUGCUGUGUAAAAAUGUCGUCAGCCUUCUACCAAACCAUUCUCUAAAGAUCAGUAUUGUAUUGUAGAACUGAUUAUCGGCACAUAGCUGUACUGUGUAAUGGGGAAUAGAUGCAAAAAAAAAAAAAAGGAUUAUAUCUUGAAGUUUUUUUUCAAUGGAGUUGAGUUCACAUACCAAAGGGAGCGACGCUACUGCAGUUCUUUGAAACUCUUCAAGAUACGUCCAUUUCGAAGGUUUCGCUUUGAUUGCGCUGGAGCUGUGUGAGAUUUCUUUUUAAAUUCUGCAGAAAUGUGACUUUACCAGCUAAAAACCUUUUUUCAGAGCCUCAAAUGGAGACGAGCAUCGUUUGCACAAGAUACGGCUGGCCAUGAGGGAAAGAAAAAAAAAACUGAUAAGAGCCAGCUUGUUGGUGCUUUUAUGCUCAAAAAGAGUUGUUUUGUUUCCUAUUUAAAAAUAAUAAUAAUAAUAAUAAUAAUAAUAAUAAAGAAUUUUUCAUUGCCAAUGAUUCAUGUUGCUUGUUGCUCAUUUUGACUAGCGGUGGUCACAAAGUCAACUUCAUGGCUUUGGGCUACUCACUUCUGUGGAAUGCAGAAUAAACAAAUUCGUAGCUGUUGUA